CCACCCAAAAAGAAGAAAGGAAAAGGAGGCAAGAAAGCAAAAACGCCAACAGUGAUCGAUGGCCUUUCUACAGAGGAAAUGUCCAAGGAGCAGUUGGAGGAGCACAUUGUUCGGCUGCGUGAAGAACUUGACAGAGAACGAGAAGAACGGAAUUAUUUUCAGCUUGAACGUGACAAAAUCCACACUUUUUGGGAGAUCACAAAGCGGCAACUGGAGGAGAAGAAAUCAGAAUUAAGAAAUAAAGAUAGAGAAAUGGAAGAUGCAGAGGAAAGACAUCAAGUUGAAAUUAAAGUCUAUAAGCAGAAAGUCAAACAUUUAUUAUAUGAACAUCAGAACAAUCUUGCUGAGUUGAAGGCAGAGAAUACAGUAGCCAUGAAACUGGAGCAAAAAGAGCAUCAUGACCAAGAACAUGAUAUACUAAAUGAUAUCAGAAACUUAAAGGUGCAGUUGAAGGAACAAGAGCUCUCCAAUCAAAACAUGGUGAAAACAUUGAAACUGAAAAAUGAUGAAGAGAUUACAAGAUUGUGGAAUGACUUUGAGAAACAAUCACAAGAUAUCGAAGCCAAGUAUCAAAAGAAGAUGGAUGUGCUGCGUGAUGAGAUGGAAUUGAAAAGAAAAACAGAAAUUCAUGAAAUUGAAGAAAGAAAGAAUGGUCAGAUCAAUGCCUUGAUGAAAAACCAUGAAAAAGCAUUCAGUGAUAUCAAAAAUUACUACAAUGAUAUUACUCUUAACAACCUUGCGCUAAUUAACUCAUUGAAGGAACAAAUGGAGGAAAUGAAGUUAAAAGAAGAACGAUUAGAAAAGGAAAUGUGGGAGGUUCAGUUUCAAAAUAAGCGACUGACAGAGCCACUGCACAAGGCAAAGGAUGAGGUGACAAGACUUAAUAAACUAUUGGCCAACUAUGAACAAGAUAAAGGUUUUCUUUCUAGAGCUAGAGCAAAGCUUAACCUUAUGGACAAAGAAAUGAAGCAGUUCAGGUGGGAGCACGAAGUAUUAGAACAGCGUUUUUGCAAGGUUCAAGAAGAACGGGAUGACCUGUAUAACAAAUUUGACAAAGCCAUUCAGGAGGUUCAACAGAAAACUGGCUUGAAAAAUAUAAUCCUUGAGCAGAAACUUACUGUCCUGUCUGAAUGCCUAGAGAAGAAAGAAGCACAACUGAAUGAGGUCCUCGCUGCUUCCAACCUUGACCCCACUGCACUCAGUAUGAUCAGUCACAAACUGGAGGAUGUCCUGGACUCCAAGAACAAUGUUAUAAAGGACUUGCAGUAUGAACUGGCUCGGGUUUGUAAGGCUCACAAUGAUUUGCUGCGAACAUAUGAAGCAAAACUCACUGCAUUUGGAAUUCCAGUAGAUGAACUUGGAUUCAAACCACUAGAGACUGCCUUUUGUGGACAGAAGAUCGGUCAGGGCCCAGCUGGGCUGGUUGCUGCUUCAACAUAGCCCACUUGAGGAAAAAGCCAACAUUCAAUUAAUCUUGGAGCAAAAUACUGCAGAUGCUGGAAUCUGUACUGAAAACAAAAAAUGC